ACCUCACGCCCUUCUCCCGACCACAGCAGACACACCAAGCUCUUCUCUCAACCCUUCACAGACAAGCAUGGCCUCCCUUCCUGAGAUUGCCUGCGAUCCUUCCGCCCCCUUCUUUGGCUCCAUGGGAGCUGCUGCCGCCAUUUCGCUCGGCUGCCUCGGCGCUGCCUACGGCACCGCCAAGUCGUCGAUCGGGAUCUCGGCUGUUGGUGUGCUCAAGCCCGAGCUGAUCAUGCGGUCGAUCAUUCCGGUGGUCAUGGCCGGUAUUGUCGGUAUUUACGGCCUCAUUGUCUCGAUCAUCAUCUCGACCUCGAUGAAGCCGGCGACGUACCCGGACGCGUCGGGCUACAUUGACCUUGGCGCCGGCCUCGCUGUCGGCCUUGCCGGCCUCGCCUCGGGCAUGUGCAUCGGCAUCGUCGGUGACUCGGGCGUCCGCGCUUUUGCCCAGCAGCCGCGCGUCUACGUCACCCUCAUCCUCAUCCUCAUUUUCGCUGAGGCGCUCGGCCUUUACGGCCUCAUUGUCGCCAUUGUCAUGGGCGGCCAGAAGCCGCAGACUGGCUCGUUCAAGUGCGUCACCUCAAACUGAUAAAGCCACACAAGCCUAGCC